CUAUUGAGACCCCCAAGAGUUCCCCGGCGGCCCUCGGCUCCAGCAAGGACUUUGGGCCUUUUCUUGUGUCCUGUUUGUUAAAGGCAUGCGGGCAACAGCAUUCAAGAGGGCUAGUUCUUAACAAAGGGAAAGAGAUAAAUGUAAAUAAGCUCACAUUUUCAGAAUGAGCCGUUUGCAGUAAGGAGCUGCGGCAGCCCAGAGUCUGCUCCUUUGGGCUGGGCUAACCUUUCCCUGUUUUCUUUUCUUUUUUUUUUUAAUGGAUAAAAAUAUGCACUUCCAAAGUGCGAGUUGCCCGUUUACAUGUUUAUUAGCUAACUAUCUACAGGCAUGAGCACAUUCUCUCAUCUAGCACACUCUUUUUUGGGUUUAUUGAGAAACUUUCUUUAUGGAAAAGUAUUGUGACAUUCUAUUCCAGAGCACUCAAUUAAGGAAAUCUUUGAACGCCUGACUUCAAUAAUUUCAUUGAUUAUCCACGUUGCAGAUAAAUUUGGUGCCAGAAUUUGGUUUGGACUAAUGAAGAAAGCAUUCUCUACUGGUCCUUAAUCUCACAGUGGUGAACCCCUGCAACUAGCAGGCUUUCUGAGGAAAAAUCCAUGGGUGACAGAAGAUUUAUUGACUUCCAAUUCCAAGAUUUAAAUUCAAGUCUCAGACCCAGGUUGGGCAAUGCAACUGCCAAUAAUACUUGCAUUGUUGAUGAUUCCUUCAAGUAUAAUCUGAAUGGUGCUGUCUACAGUGUUGUGUUCAUCCUGGGUCUAAUAACCAACAGUGCCUCUCUGUUUGUCUUCUGCUUCCGCAUGAAAAUGAGAAGUGAGACUGCUAUUUUCAUCACCAAUUUGGCCCUCUCUGAUUUGCUUUUUGUCUGUACCCUACCUUUCAAAAUAUUUUACAACUUUAAUCGCCACUGGCCUUUUGGUGACACCCUCUGUAAGAUCUCAGGGACUGCAUUCCUCACCAACAUCUACGGGAGCAUGCUCUUCCUCACCUGCAUUAGUGUGGAUCGUUUCCUAGCCAUUGUCUAUCCCUUCCGAUCUCGUACCAUUAGGACCAGGAGGAAUUCUGCCAUUGUAUGUGCUGGAGUCUGGAUCCUCGUCCUCAGUGGUGGUAUUUCAGCUUCUUUGUUCUCCACUACUAAUGUCAACAAUGCGACCACCACUUGCUUUGAGGGUUUUUCCAAACGUGUCUGGAAGACAUACCUGUCCAAGAUCACCAUAUUCAUUGAAGUUGUCGGGUUUAUCAUUCCUUUGAUAUUGAAUGUUUCUUGCUCUUCUGUGGUACUGAGAACCCUCCGGAAGCCUGCAACAUUGUCUCAAAUUGGAACCAACAAGAAGAAAGUAUUGAAGAUGAUCACAGUGCAUAUGGCAGUUUUUGUGGUAUGCUUUGUACCGUACAACUCUGUUCUCUUUUUAUAUGCCUUGGUUCGCUCCCAAGCCAUUACUAAUUGCUUAUUGGAAAGGUUUGCAAAGAUCAUGUACCCAAUUACCUUGUGCCUUGCAACUCUGAAUUGUUGCUUUGAUCCUUUUAUCUAUUACUUCACCCUUGAGUCCUUUCAGAAAUCCUUCUAUAUCAAUACACAUAUAAGGAUGGAGUCCUUGUUUAAGACUGAGACACCUCUGACACCAAAGCCUUCCCUUCCAGCUAUUCAAGAGGAAGCUAGUGAUCAAACAACAAAUAAUGGUGGUGAAUUAAUGCUGGAAUCCACCUUCUAGGUACGAGAAUUGUCUUUCAGGUUCAGCUUUGGUGUCUCUUAUGAUUUUUUCUAUGCUAUAAAUAAGAGAAAAAAUGAAGCUAAUGAUGCCGAAAAUAGAUUAAUGUACCAAAUACAGUCAGAUACAUUUGUUUGAACACUUAUUGUACAUAAUCUGUUUUGUUCAGUAAUUAUAGGUCAAGUCUAAUUACAGCAACCAAAACAGAUCAUCAGACUCUUUAGUUGAGCUGAAAUUUUAUUAUAUAAAUGACUAGUGUUUUUUGACUUUUAGUGAUAUGGGGAUUACUUUAAAACUUAAAAAGAAGACAUUCCAGUGAUUUUGGUAAUUGGGUUGGGCCUAUAAAUAUAGAACAAAUUCAGGGAUUAUUUAAAAAUGUUUAUGUUACUACUGAUAUAUGCUGGUAUUUUUUCCUUUUUGAAACUAUCAUGGAAUUUAUUUUACUGAAAGAACUUAUUUUUACCUAAUGUUAAUAAGACAUAUUGAGAAAGAGAAAUGUAUUGAAUUUAAAAGGAUUGGCAAAUUUUAUCUAGAUUUUUGAAAACAAAGUGUUUUCAAAUGAAUAUGGGUAAGAAAUUUUGAAAAAUAGACAACAUUUAUACAUAUAUAACCCCAAUUCAGGUCAGCUUUCAAAACUUUCUUUUAAAAACAGUACUAGUAUUUUCCUAUGAAAUUGUUUAUCUUGAAAGCUGCUACAUAUGUGCCUGGCAGGUGCCAAAUGGAAAAAUCAUACAAUUGCAGUGUCAAUUAAAAAAAUCUUUAAGCAACACUACAUUAUUUCUUAAAACUUCAAUUUAUCCUUUAUGGGGGUGUAGACUGGCUUGUAGAAAAUAUUUAUUCUUCAUAUUAAGUGUUGGGACACAAUACAGCCACAGUGCUGUAGUAUUUGUGCCCAGGUCGGGAGCUAGUUGAAAAGAGAAGUGAACAAAAUAAUAGCAGCAAGAUAUCUUAUAGCUUGUACUAAUAGCUUUUUAGGUGCAGUUAGAUAGCUGUAACUUAGAAAUAUAUGCUUUUUUCUGUUAAAUUUUGGAGCACAAUGUAGCCAGGGAGCUACCGAAUUUGUGCUCAGGUCAGGAGCGUAUUGAAAAAAACAUGUGUAAAAUAAAAGAAACAAAAAAAUUAUCAAAACAAAAAAAAACCUCACAAAACUAGAAAAAGAAAAAAAUAACAAAAAUAGUUCCUAACACUAUUUUUGAAGUUCUGUAAAUUUAAAAACACUAUGCCAUUUUAAUAAACAUUUUUAACACAAUUCAAUUAGAAAUCUGCUAAAAUUGUGUCUGGGUCAGGACAGGAUUAGAGUAAAAUAAACAACUUCUAAAACAAACCCUUGCAAAACAAAUCAAGCACCUCCAAAUUUAGGGGGUUCAUUUUUGUGCUUCUAUAGCAUUUAACAAGUGCUGUAAUUUUCAGACAAUAAAUGGAGCUAGGAAACUGAUAAACUGGCACCAAGUCAGAGAGGGAAUGAAUAAAAACAUCAUCUAAAAUUUAUGAAGAAUCCUUUCUAUAACUCAAACAACAAAUACAAAAAUUUUGACAAUUUUCAUUUUUCUAAUAUAUAGUAGAUUUAUCUUAAAUGUGCACCAGUCUGUUUAAAAAUAAGUAGAAAAUGUGGCAAUUAAAAAUGGCCAGAAUUUUAAAGUAAACCUUUAGUAAUAACCAAUUCUGUAUAUUGUUGAACUUGUGCCAGAAAGUGGUCAAAUUAAAAAUCACUGAACAAUGAGGAAAUGGUAAGAACUGUAAAACAAUGAGAAAAUUCUUGAAAUUCCUUAGUCUAUUUUUCUGUCUGGUGAUACUUAGGCAUAUAAAUAAUAAAAAAGUUAUAGUAAAAAUCAGUGAACACAAUACGGCUUUAAAGACUGCCGAGUUUGUGCUUGAGUUAGGAACUAGUUGGAAAAAAUAGGUUGCUAAAACAAUAGAACAAUAGUAAAAUGAAUUCAUGAUUUAAAAUCCUAAAAAUAACUAUGCAUUAUAUUGUCUUGCAAAGAAAGGUAAUAGUUGGAAUAUAUAAGGCCAUAGGCUCAGUUAGGCAAAAGUAGGUUAGGUUAGAUAAGUUCAGUUGUUAGGUUAACGUUGUAAGGUCAAACUAGUAUUCAAAGUAUGAAAACUUAUUUGCUUCCUUCAGUAUUCUUUUCUUUUUUCCUUUUUUGUAAUAUUGAAGUAUAUGUGAACUCUUUAUACUCUUAGCUGUUAAACUUCUGAAUUUUUAGGAUUAUGUUAUCAAAUCAUUAAUUGGAUGUUAACCGUUUUUUCUUUUAUAUAAUUUCCAUGUAUAAUGUUGAUUACUUUUUCAUAUUUCACUUCCUUUUGGUUAAUUUCCAUUUUAUAUUUAAUAUGCCUUGCUAGUCAUAAAAAUGGUAAUGUGAAUAAUGUAACCAACAAAUUGUAACGUAUACCUAAAUGUAAAAUUGAAUUUAUUUUACAUUUACAAAUAUUGGUAAUCCUUCAGCUGUAAUUACAACUUGCAUUAAAAUGUUUAUUAAGUAUAAUAAAACAUUUGGAUUGUUAUGCUAUUA